CAGUUUCCGCUGAGAGAUAAACACAAGUUUGACAUUGGUUCUGUAUUCACUGUGGAAAAAAAUGUCUGCACUGACUUUAAACUCCCUGAAACAGGUAAUGAGGGCCAUGUGUGACACCCCAGGCUUCGACCGAGUCCUGAACAAGGUGGAGCUCCUGUCCGCCGCCCCGGGUAAGGUGGUGUGCGGGAUGCGGGUGGAGGAGGAGCACACGAACCGGGGAGGCACGCUUCACGGCGGGCUCACGGCCACCCUGGUGGAUGUCAUCUCCACCAUGGCCAUCUUGUACUCUGAGCGGGGGGCUCCGGGAGUAAGUGUGGACAUGAACAUCACGUACAUGAAUGCUGCCAAGAAGGGGGAAGACGUCCUCAUCACGGCCCACGUCCUGAAGCAAGGUCGGACUCUGGCGUUCGCCACCGUCGAUCUCACCAGCAAAGCCACCGGGAAGCUUAUCGCACAAGGAAGACACACCAAACACCUCGGAGGAAGCUGAAUCGGGUGGCUGUCUUGUAAACCUGUAGAGCCUGAACACAAAACUCCAAGUAAAGAUGUCGGAACAGUGACUGUAUAUACUUUAUAAACCCAUCAAACUGGGCUGGGUGCCAAAACUCUGAAGCUCCUGGCUGCUGGUUACUGUGUAACAUAUUGUUACGUCUUUGGUGUCAGAGAGUCUUGAUCUGGCUGUUGUGUCCAUGAUUCAUGCACAUGCAAUAAAACAAAAUGCACACAGACUUCUGCUUUCAGAAUUUGCACUGUAUUGGGAUAUGCUCAGCAGUAUUGAUUUGAGAACCAACAGAAAAAAAAAAACCCAGAAGUUACACGCCUCUUACCCUUUCAACUGAACACAAUGAAUCAACGAGGAGCAAAAAAUUAUAACUAUGUACUUAAUAAUUGACAAGCAAGCCUGCAAAACCCAAUUUUAAUUUGAUGAGCAUGGCAGCAAAUUAUAUUCAUUUUAGUAGGUCAAAUUAAAAAAAUUUGUUAGCUUCCAGCAACUUUUAGUAGUUAUGUUAAACAUUAAAUCAGUUAUUUCAAUUUGUCACCAACCCACAAUCCCGAUAAGAACAUAAAAUAUCAGAUCUCAGUAGCUUAAAUGAAUAGUGCAUGAACGGCGAACAUGACCUUCAGCAUCUAACCAACACGUCCCCACUUCGAGCACAAUGCCUUUCAAGUCACUCGAGAUUUUAGC